AAAAAAAAUAGAAACUUGGAAUCCGACCGCACUCGUUCUGAAAUCAAUGCUAUAACCGUCCUCAUAGCGAACUGGGUAUCAUUUUCCCCUUGGAAGUAUAAUACGAUGACCUCGGAAAACCAAUAAAGAUUUUUUUUUUUUGAAAAAGAAAACAAUCUUUUGAUGAUCUUUUUAUAAAAAAAAGAAAGGAAAAGAAUUGAUUCUUUUCCAAUAUAUGCUGUUAUUUUGAACAACCUGAGCCCCGUUUCCUACCUCGUUUAGCCGUUUCCCCAGCUGUUUGGGUGGCAAAUCCACUUCCAUCUUCCCCUCCCUCCCACUUCGCCAGCAGCUACGCUGAGAAAGCGAGAUUUGCCAAGUUCGCUGUUCCGAAUUUUCCAUUCAAUUCUUCGUUUUUUUGGUUCUUGAAAAAAAGGGGAGGGAUGAUAAACUGAUAUCCCCCUACCCCUGUGACGGCUUCGCGUCCAACCCGGCACCCAGCCGAACGCCACCGAGAUCCGGUCACGUGCGAUCCCGUCACCGCCUCCGGCGAUGCCUCCUACCCCGGAUCGAUCCUCUCGCGGGAGCUCCAAAUAGUGGGAUUGAUACCAUCGCCCUCGCUUCUCUUCUUUUCUCUUCGAGGUCGAAUCCGGGAGGCUGCUGUCGGAGAGGAGAAUCUCCUGGGAUUGGAGUUUUGUAGACUAGGUUUUGCUUGUUGUUUGGAUCGAGCGUUGGAUGGCUUCGGCGAAGUCGUCUCGAUCUAGGGCGUCGGUGCCCUCCGGGCCGGCCGCCGCUGCCGGGCUCUACCAGGCGGCGAAUGUGGCCGCCGGACAAGAGAGCGGCGUGCAGCUUGCGGAUAAGCUGAAGAUCUUCAAGACCGAUAAUUUCGAUCCUGAUGCUUACGUGCAGUCCAAAUGCCAGACAAUGAACGAGAAGGAGAUAAGGCAUCUGUGCUCUUAUCUGCAAGAUUUAAAGAAGGCUUCUGCAGAAGAAAUGCGUAAAAGUGUUUAUGCUAACUAUGCGGCAUUCAUUAGAACGUCCAAGGAAAUAUCAGAUCUAGAACGUGAGCUCCUGUCCAUCAGAAAUCUUCUGUCCGCUCAGGCAGCUUUAAUUCAUGGGUUAGCUGAAGGAGUUCACAUUGAUUCCUUGUCUCCUGGCUCUGAAUCUUCUGCAGAGGAUGAUGUGUCAAAUGUUGAAGACCGAGAGCCUACAGAGAUAGAGAAAUGGUCAGCAGAGUUUCCUGAUAUGCUUGAUGUUUUGCUUGCUGAGAGGAGAGUGGAUGAAGCUUUGGAUGCGCUGGAUGAAUCUGAAUGUAUAGCUGCAGAAGCAAAACAAAAUCAAAGUCUAAGUGCUGCUCAGCUCUUGUCACUGCAGACUGCUAUUUCAGAUCAUCGGCAAAAAUUAGCUGAUCAGCUUGCUGAAGCUGCCUGCCAAUCAUCUACUCGUGGUUUUGAACUUCGUGCAGCUGCUUCGGCUCUCAAAAGGCUUGGUGAUGGUCCCCGUGCUCAUACUUUACUGCUAAAUGCUCAUAAUCAAAGGCUUCAAUAUAACAUGCAAAUUAUUCAUCCAAUCAGCACUUCAUAUGGAGGAGCAUAUACUGUUGCUCUAUCACAGCAAGUUUUCUCCGCCAUUGCUCAAGCUGUGAAUGAUUCUUUAGAAGUCUUUGGCAAUGAGUCAGCAUAUGCGUCAGAACUGGUAAGAUGGUCUAGAAAGCAAGCAGAGGCUUUUGCACAUCUUGUUAAAAGGCAUGCAUUGGCCUCAUCUGCAGCUGCUGGAGGCUUAAGAGCUGCUGCAGAAUGUGUUCAGAUAGCUAUUGGCCAUUGUUCCUUGUUGGAGGCCCAUGGGCUAUCCCUUUCUUCUGUUCUUCUAAAGCACUUCAGACCCAGUGUUGAGCAAGCACUAGAUGCUAAUUUAAAGCGAAUCGAAGAAAGUACGGCUGCAUUAGCAGCUGCAGAUGACUGGGUACUUAUGUUUCCUCCAUCUGGUGCACGAAUAUCUGGUAGAACAUCUGCUACAACUGUGGGCGUCCAGCCUAAACUCUCAAGCAGUGCACAUCAUUUCAAUUCGAUGGUUCAGGACUUCUUUGAGGAUGUUGGCCCCCUCCUAGCUAUGCAGUUGGGCGGUUCCACCAUGGAUGGCCUUUUAAAAGUCUUCAAUUCUUAUAUUAAUUUGCUCAUAAAUGCAUUACCAGGUUCCAUGGAAGAUGAGGCAAAUCUGGAGGGUUCUGGGAAUAAAAUUGUUAGAAUUGCAGAGACUGAAGCUCAACAACUAGCUCUAUUAGCAAAUGCAUCUUUAUUAGCAGAAGAGUUGCUACCUCGAGCAGCCAUGAAGCUUUCCUCUAUGUACCUGGCUGGUGGGAUUGAUGAUUCUCGUAGAAAAACUCCAGAUAGACAUAACCGUAUUCCAGAACAAAGAGAAUGGAAAAGAAAGCUUCACCGUUCUGUUGAUAGAUUGAGAGAUAGUUUCUGUAGGCAGCAUGCUCUUGAUCUCAUCUUCACAGAAGAUGGUGACACGCAUCUGAGUGCUGAAAUGUACAUAAGCAUGGAUGGGAAUGUUGAGGAGCCAGAGUGGGCUCCCUCUCCUAUAUUUCAGGAACUAUAUGCAAAACUGAAUCAGAUGGCAAGCGUAGCUGCAGAUAUGUUUGUUGGCAGGGAAAGAUUUGCUACCUUGCUAAUGAUGAGACUUACUGAGACGGUCAUAUUGUGGCUCUCAGAAGAUCAGAGCUUCUGGGAGGAUAUUGAAGAGGGACCAAGACCUUUGGGUCCACUUGGUCUUCAGCAGUUUUAUUUGGAUAUGCAGUUUGUAAUUCUUUUUGGACAAGGCCGGUUCUUAUCCCGGCAUGUGCAUCAAGUUAUUAUCGACAUAAUUGAAAGAGCUAUGGCUGCAUUCUCUGCAACUGGAAUGAAUCCAGACAGUGUGCUACCUAGUGAUGAUUGGUUCAUUGACAUUGCUCAAGAAACUAUAAGUAGGAUAAGUGGCAAAGCUAGAUUGGCCAAUGGAGAUCGAGAACUCAGCAGCCCAACCGCCUCUGUGUCAGCACAGUCUAUGUCGUCAGUUAGAUCUCAUGGGAGUAAUUAGUGCGGAGGUAUUCUUGUAAACAGGUCCUUGUAUAAUAAGCGAUGAUUUAUUUGUUUGUUUUUCUCUUUCGUGUUACAUUUUGCACUAGAGUAGGUUAUGAUCAGUCUUCUUUGGGAAAUCUUUCAAUCAUUAUUCUUGGAGUUUGAGUCUGUAAAUGUUGCUUGCCAACAUACAGCCCAAACUCCACAUUGUACCAUUCUUUCUCCACUUUGACCGUAGGAAUCAAUUUUUCAUUUGGCA